UAUGCUUGUAUUUAUAUAGCUUUGCUUCUCCUUCCUCGAUCUCUCACUUUUCAGCGUUGAAUCAAAUCUCUACGUGUUCCCCCUCUUUGCUUCUUCAGGUAAUAUUUCAACGAAUUGCUUAGUACCACCAUGGGAUCCACUGUUGAUGCUGCAAACAAGGGUGUUAAUGGAACCGCAAGUGCCAAGAAACCCACAGUUAUAUUUGUCCUUGGUGGUCCUGGAAGUGGGAAAGGUACACAGUGUGCCUACAUCGUUGAGCAUUAUGGCUACACGCAUCUGAGUGCUGGAGACCUUCUUAGGGCUGAAAUUAAAUCUGGCUCUGAAAAUGGAACUAUGAUCCAGAAUAUGAUUAAAGAAGGGAAGAUUGUACCUUCUGAGGUUACAAUCAAGCUGCUGCAGAAAGCAAUUCAGGAAAACGGGAAUGACAAGUUCCUCAUUGAUGGUUUCCCUCGCAAUGAGGAAAACCGAGCGGCAUUUGAGAAAGUUACUGAGAUUGAACCCAAGUUUGUCUUGUUCUUUGAUUGUCCUGAGGAAGAGAUGGAGAGGCGCCUAUUAGGCCGAAACCAGGGGAGAGAGGAUGACAAUAUCGAGACUAUAAGGAAGCGUUUCAAGGUGUUUCUUGAAUCUAGCCUACCUGUGAUUCAGUACUACGAAGCCAAGGGGAAAGUUAGAAAGAUUCAUGCCGCAAAGCCCAUAGAAGAUGUGUUUCAGGAGGUGAAGGCAGUCUUUACUCCUGAAGCUGAGAAGGUUGAAGCCUAAGGCUGCAGCAUCGUGAACUAAAGACAUGUCGGAUAAAUUGAUCAGAUUUGCAGGUAGCUUGGGUGGUUGCAUUUUCUUUACUCGGAAGUCUCUGCUUGGCCUUAUUUUUUUCUUCUAUAUAAACUAUAUAUGAUAUGAUUACUGUUAUUAUUAUACACAUUGUUACCUAUUAAUAUCAUUUUUGAUUUUGUAUUUGGUGGAUUUGUGAUUGGCUUUUCUGUAAUUUCAUAAAACAAACUCAUUGGAAUUUAUAAUAAUAUAUAUAUACUAAGAUUAAUGGAAUCUUUGUGGUCUGGUCA